CGCACACACACACACACACACACACACACACACACACAAUCUGACCACAAGGUGGUCAGGACCGCGAGGUCUUAUUUCUCCAGUCGGUGUCCCGUAUGUAGUACCAUGGAUGGCACUGCCUUCAUACAACAGCAAGCUCACGAAGACGGCAUUUGGAGUGUGGCAUGGCAUCGGUCCGAUAAGGAUGGCACUGAGAACAUAGUCACCGGCUCAGUUGAUGAAAUUGUGAAAUGCUGGACUUGGGACUCAUCUGCCAAUGAGCUCUCCGAACGGUGGAAGUUUGAGGGUCAUCAGCUUGGUGUAGUAUCCGUCGACAUCAGUCAUACAGGCAGCAUCGCUGCUUCGAGUUCGUUGGACUCUUUCAUUCGCUUGUGGGAUCUCGAUUCCGGGAAGCACCUGAAGACGAUCGAAGGAGCAGCAGUUGAUGUGUGGACGCUGAGCUUCUCUCCGGAUGAUCGGUUUGUUGCAUCGGGCAGUCAUUCUGGCCAUGUGAAUAUAUUUGGUGUUGAGAGUGGAAAGAAAGAGGGAACGUUAGAGACGAGAGGGAAAUUUGUUAUGAGCUUAGCAUAUAGUCCAGAUGGAAAGCAGAUGGCUACUGGUGCUAUUGAUGGGAUUGUGCAUCUGUUGGACUUGACGACAGGGAAGCUCAUCAGGGCACUCAAAGGCCACGCUAUGCCUAUUCGUUCUCUCACAUUCUCUCCUGAUUCCAAACUACUGGUAACCGCAUCCGACGACGGACACAUCAAGAUAUAUGAUGUACAACAUGCCAACUUGGUGGGAACUCUGUCUGCUCAUGGCUCAUGGGUACUGUCUGUUGACUUUUCAUCCGAUAAUACACAUUUUGUAUCCAGUUCCAGUGACAAAACAGUGAAAGUAUGGGACGCAGGAACUCGUCAGUGCUUUAAAACUUGUUGUCAGCACACAGACCAGGUCUGGAGCGUCAAAUUCAGCGAUUGCGGAAACUAUUUUAUUUCUGUUUCUGAUGAUAAGUCUAUAGCUGUGAACCAGUGCGACAGUGUUCCGUAAAUUGAUGACGUUUGUGACGUAAUGUCUACGUAGCUGCCUAAAUUGUAGAAACUCACACAAAUCUACGGUUUGAACUGAA